AUGGCUAUCUUUUCAUCCUUAGCGGGUUUUUUUAAUCGAAACAAGAGAAGAAUAUUUAUAACAUCAGCAGUUACAUUUUCCAUCUAUUUACUAGUUAAUGAGUUUGUUAUUAAAAAAUUUAGGAACUAUCAAAAUGCUUUACGUCAAGAGUUUAUGUUUAAACAACAGAUUAGACAACGUUUUAUUCUGACUCAACAAGAUUGUUAUUAUACCAUCCUUGCGUUGCUUCCUGUGUUGGCACAACCUAUAGUUGAUGCAUUACCUGUUGAUUUGAUUACACAAGCAUUGAGGUUGAAAAAGGGUCAACAGAACCAACCGCUGCAACAAGUUGCCAGUGGUAGUAAUAGUGAGUUGACAACUGAUAAUCUUAAUCUUUUGGAUAAUAAUAACAACCCACAACUGCAAUUGUCGGUAUAUAUGAACAAAAGCAAAGCAGAGUUGUGGAAUUUGUUAAAAAUCAAGACAAUUACGAGGACAUUGACUUUGAUGUAUUCAAUUUCUGGAUUAUUGUUGAUUAGCAGAUUACAAAUGAACAUUUUGGCUAGAAGAUCAUAUUUGGAAUCAGCAAUUGUUAUGGCUGGAGUGAAGAAUCCAAGUAAUGAUAUUGAUCCUCAUGAGAAUUAUAUUAUUGAACAAAGUUACCUUUCACUCAGUUGGUGGCUUUUGAAUAAAGGUUGGGGUAAUUUGAGCUCGUUGAUUGAGAAUUUGGUUAUUGAUAAAUUUGAAAGUGUAAGUCCAAAGACUGAGAUUGGUGUUAUUGAUUUUGAACUCAUUUUGACAGAAAUUGUUGAAGAAAUUAACAUCAACAACAAGCAAUAUGUAUUGGAUAACUUGUUUCCAGUUAAAUACCCCGACUUGUUAGAGACUAUAUUGAAUACCAAUUCUGAUGUAAUACAUCAAUUAGAUAUCCCAGAUUCAAAUUUAACCAAAUUAAUCAAUGAAACAAGCUCAAUCAUGUCUGACAAUAACUUGUACUUUUUUGACUUGUUGAAUCAAUUAAUAGCCACCAAUUUGCAUACACUAACAUCUAACCUUUCAUCAAACUUGUCCACCACUUCAAAUAGCUUAAUGAUGAGUGAUACAUUGCCAGACCAACAAAACCAACAACAACACCAAUCAUCAAAGACUAUAGAGUUGGAUAACAAACCAUACAAGCUUGCUAGUUUCUUGGCACAAUUGUCAGUUCAAAAUGGUAUAAUGAUUAAUAACGAUGAUGAUGCUGGGGCUAAUGAUGAAGACGAUUUUGAGAGUUUGAUAAAGAAUCUCAAUAGUGGACAAGACAUGGCAGGUAGUGGUUAUGGUGCUCAUGAACUAAGUGGAAAUGUAUACAUAAACACAUUGAAUAGUUUGGAUGAGCUUGAAAACUUUAGUGCUGGUAUUUACUCCAAUUUUGAGUAA